UCACUCCGCAUCGAAGCAGCUCAGCGCACGCGCGCGAAGAAAGUACCGGAACAUUGACUUUCUAACUAUAGCGGACGUUGUUCAUUUUAAAAUUCGAAUAGAACUUUUUUUUUUAGUUUUGUCGAUGGCCAGUGUGCACACUCGAAUAUAACUUUUUUUUUAGUUUUGUCUAUGGGCAGUGCACACUCGUAAAAGUGAAAAGUGCAGUUUAAUUUAAUCUGUGUCUAUCUCCAUUGUGAAUCUGGGGUCGUGAGAACUUCCGUGGCAUAGCCCUUGUUCCCGCAUAACUAUGGAUACCAGACACACUACUCCGUGGGCCAGCCCCUCGCUGCCUCCAUCAUGGGUCAAGAGCAGUCGCUUGCUGAUCACACUACUCCACUAAGGCACUACCGCGACAAAUACCCCGACAGACAGAGGGCGUCGUCCAUAGACUUGCGAUCUUGCGACUACGAAAGAAGAGAUUACACGCACAAAUCACGAAGGAGCACUGACAGCUUCAGAAGUGACAACUCCUCCACAGAAAGCAGCGGAUACCGAAGCGGUUCUAGUGCUUGCGACAGACACUCCGAUCGAUCAUCGAAGAGCGACUAUUACUGUGUUCCUUUGUACAAAAACGAAAGUUACAAAGAAGUGAAUAAAGAACUAUAUAAACCUGUAAAAAUACCGAAAGACAAACGGUACAAGCUUCAAUUAUUCACCGACACUGAAAAAAUAAAGAGUGCCCGUUUAAAGAGUUAUUUGAGUGAUACUGAAAGAGUUACAUUGAAAGCCGAGCCGGCUCCUAAAAAGGCUGGCAUACGCAAUUAUACGCCUAAGAUUAUAUCUGCAGAAGAGCAGAGAAAAAAGAUAGAUAAUUGGGCAUAA